GAUAUGAAGGCACAGAACAUCAGAACACAGCAGAAAAACCAUGGAGCUGAUACACUACUGCUUAAUCGCACUUGUAACUCUGGCAAAUGCACAAUUUGAAGAGCCCACAGCAGCCCCAGUGCUGGCCAACAUCACACUGAGUAAAGGUGAUAUCCAGGUGUUCUCAGGUGAAGAUCUGAUGACCACCUGCAGCGUGCCUGAAGACCGCUCAUCCUCCUGGAGAUACAAGUGGUUUCGGGAUGGAGCUGAAAUAGGUUUGGAUGGUUUCCGAGAGAUUCGUAUUGAGCUCAGUGGAGAAUACAGCUGUCAGGCAGAGAAGGACACAGAGAAACGGCCAUUUGUUUUGAGAACUCUUCCCAGCCUUCCCCUCAACCUGCGUGUGGAUCGUGGAUGGGUGCUUUUACAGACACCAGCUACACCUGCAAUUAUUGACGAUACAGUGAUACUGAUGUGUCGCAUUAGAAACAAUCCCGUGGCAAGAGAGGUUUGCUUCUAUAAGGAUGCGUCUGAGAUUCAGUGUCACAAAAGUAAACUGUUGAUUCUGACUAAUGUAAUGCUUGAAGAUGGAGGUAUUUACUGGUGCAGGGCAUCAUGGAUGCAGGGUAAUGAAUUACACUCGGCUCAGUCUGUUCCCACUCCUGUGACUGUACUAGAUAAGUUGAAUACACCACAGUUGGCGAUUGUUUCUGGUCAGAUCGUUCUUGGGCAGGAAGUGCAUUUAAGAUGUAACACCCAGCUGAACGUUAAAGGGGAAGGCCUUCAUAUUGAAUACUACUACAUGAAAAACAACAGCUGGCUGGCACCUUCCUCCUCCUCCAAUACAUACACCAUCAGAAAUGUACAACACCAGGAUGCAGGGACAUACACCUGCAAAGCCAAAGUAAGAAUUCUGGAUGUGGAGAGGUGGAGCAACAGUCUGGAACUGAAGGUCCAUUAACCUGCGCUCCGAGUGGACCUGAUGACAAAAGCAUAAUUUACCUGAAGAAAUCCUUUGACACCAUCAGCCAAGCUCCUGAGGAAGACGGAAUAAAGGAAGAUGUAGAACAGAAUGUCAUGUUCCUUGCAGACGUUGUAAAUUUUCACCUUGUCACAAGAAAAUUGGAGCCUCAGUCAAACUGAUAUUACUUGCUUGAUUUUAUUACAAGUGCUCAGAAACCCAACAACCUAAAGCCUACAAUGUGAUAUGUGUUUCAUACAGUAUUACAGUACGUUAUACAGUUGCAAUUGAAUUAUUCAACAAUAUAAAAAAAAAGGAUUUUUUAAAAAUACACCGUCAUAAUUAUUCAACCCCUAUUACAUGCAGCUGUUUCUUAAAUAUGUAAAGCUACACAAGUAAUUGUUUUAAAACAAAAUUAAGUCAUCAAUCUGCAAUGGCACUUAUUUAAGUUUUCAAAUGUAAGUUUAAUGUUGUAAGCAAAAAAGUAUUUCUAUGUAAAAAAUGCAAUUAAAAAUAAGAUGUCUCAAAAGCUAAUAGAGGAGAUUAUUUCAUUACACAAGAAAGGUCAUGGCUAAAAGUACAUUUCCAAGGCAUUUCAAUUUCCAAUAGACAAAGUUGGCAGCACCAUUCAUACAUUUUUUAAAUGUUGUACAACAGCAACCUUCUUGGGGUGUGGAAGAAAGCAAAACUUCACCAAGGGAAAUGUUGACCCCAGUUGACUGAAUAUUCAAGAAGUAAUUAGGAAAGACCUGUGGAGCCCUGGAAGAAGGUUUUAUAGACUUAUGACACUAAACUGAAAAUGAGUUUUAGACCCAUGGGUCAGCAGUACGUCUGGAGUAAGAUGACAAGGUGAUGACAAGAAUGACACCAUCACAGUCAAGCAUGGAGGUGGGUCAGUCCUGUUAUGGGGGUGUUUUGUGACUGCAGGAAAUGGCUAUCCUGACUAUGUGACUGACACCAUGGAUUCUUUCAGGUAUCAGGCCAUUUUGGCAUGAAAAAUGUGAUGCCUUCAGUGUGUAAAUUGAAGCUCGGUGAUUACUGGGCUUUCCAGCAAGACAAUAACACCAAGGAUACAUCCAAGUUGUCCAAAAUCUUGUUCAGAGAUAGGUCGUGGAAUGUCCUUAAAUGGCUCUUUCAGUCCAUCAUUAAAAUCCCAUUGCAAACCUUUGUUGGGAUUUCAAGGAAGCAGUGGCAGCACAGAAACCAAAGAAUGUCAAUGAGCUGGAAGCUUUUGCUCAUGAGAAAUGUGUAGAAAUUAUAAUAGAGAUGUGUCCAAAGCCUGAGAACACUUACCUGAAAUAUUUAUUUGAUGUUAUUAAGGGUAAAGGAUGCUCCACAAAUGAUUGACUUUGGGGGUUGAAUAUUUUUGACAUGACAUUUAUGGACAGAAUUAGUUAUUUUUUAUUUUAAAAUUUGGGUAAACUGAACUCUUUGAUCUCAAACUCACUCAAAUGUGUAUUAAAAACUUACUUUGACUGUUUACUGAGGUUUUGGUUGAUGUGUUUUAAUUCACAUCACCAGAAUGUAUUGCUGGUCAGGGGGUUGAAUAAUUUUGAUUGCAACUGUAUAUGAUUUGAUAUUACAUGGUUUAUAUGUAUACUCUGUUGACCCUACAAUUCAGAUCAUUUACUCUCUCAUUUGUGUUGUCAAAAUGCCUGAUGUAUGAACAUAAAAUAAAGACUAUUCCAAAAGACAAA